AUGUAAGUAAGGACCGAAUCUCGGGGCACAAAAUCAAAAGUUAAACUCUGUGGACUCUGAAAGCUUCAUCUUCUCGUCUCUGUGUCUGAUCAGGAUUGAGGUGGAUUGCUUCUCAUAAGCACAAAGUGUAGCUAAAAACAGAAGAAUGGGAAGCCAAGAGCCUGUUAAGCACCUUGAGGAUUGCUCAGUUUCCAACGCGUUGGGCACUUGGGUAUUUUCAGUAGCUGGGGCCUUGCUAGCAAUUCCAGUAGGGAUAAAAAAGAAAUCUUUAGCGCCACUUGUGUUCUUUGGCACAACUGGUACCAUGCUUGACAUUAUUAUGGGAAUCACUCAGUGUGAAAGAGAACAUGCAGAACGCCAAAAGCAGCUCUUAGAAGCCCAACAUUCUGCAACUGAUGCUUCUUUUGCUGAGACUGGAGCCGAGUCCUAGUCUUGUGCAUAUGGAGCAAUAGGCCGCAUUCUUGGCUGCUAUCAUUUUCUCUUCAGAUUGCUUUGCUGUUAAAGCUAAAUCCCUUUCUGUAAUGAUGGCUCUUUGUUUCUGUUCUGAGCUUUUUUGUUUCAUGGGUUAAUAAUCACUCAGAAGUUGUUAAUUAUGAAUGAGUUCAUGCUAGAUCUCUCUCGGAUGAAACUUCCUUAUGAAAAUUUCUUUCAAGUUGAGCAGAAAAUUUAUGACUUAUGAACCUUAAUUGUUA